ACAGAUGCUAUUCAAAAAGUUAAAAAUUAUUAUUGGAAGGAACAUAAAGAUUGGAUUGCUACUACUUAUACAGCUUUAACAUCAACAAGAGAUACAAUAAGACAUUUUGAAAUAAUAAUUGAUAAAAUUAGGAAAAGAGAUGAAAGAAAAUUUAUCAAGAAAAGUGUUGAAGAUUUAUUAAAACAAAAAGAAAGUGAAUUAACUACUAAAAGUGAAUCAGAAGAAAGUGAAUCAACCAAAAGUGAACAAUCAGAAAAAACAAGAAAUACAGAAGAACUUAAAAAUGAAGAUUCAAUUGAAUGGUUAAAGGAUUUUAAUAAAAUCACAGAAGCAAACAAUUGGUCGAAUGUUAAGAAGUUACAAUUAAUUAAAAGAUUUUUGAAAGGUUCAGCAAGAAAUUGGUAUGAAGAUUUACCUGAUAUACUAAAUAUUUGGAAUCAAGAUGAAGAUUCAGGAGAAGAUGAAUUUGUAUUUACACAAUUAUUCACAGAAAAAUAUAUAACAGAUGAAAGAAAGAAUACAUGGUUUACAAAAUUAUCAAAGUUGAAACAAAGAAAGAUUCAGUACCAAGUUAUAUUAAUAAAUUUAGACGAAUACUUAGGAAAAUAG